AUGUCUUCCAACAAAUCGUGUCUGCUAAUUAUUGAUGUCCAAAACGACUUCUUGCCGCCCAACGGAUCCUUAGCUGUUCCAGGGGGCACAGAAGUUAUUUCUCCUAUUCUUGGCUUAUUAAAGAGCCAAAAUUGGGAUAUUGUCGUGUUGUCACGUGACUGGCACCCUUCGGAUCACAAAUCCUUCGACAUACAUGGCGGACCAUGGCCUGUUCAUUGUGUUCAAGGUUCUUCCGGGUCACAGUUCAAUAACGAGUUACUAGUGGGUCUAGAGUCCAACAACACACAAUAUCAAGUUGUCUCCAAAGGUACCGAUUCUCAAAGAGAAUGUUAUUCGGCUUUCAAUGAUGAAACAGGAGAACCAGCAACUCCCUUACACUCUAUUUUGAAAGAAAAAGGUGUUUCGGCGGUCACAGUGGUUGGUGUAGCUUUAGAUUACUGUGUCAAACACACUGCACUUGACAGUGCCUCUUUGGGCUACACUACUCGUGUUCUCCGUGACUCUACGAGACCUGUAAAUACCUCUAGUGAAGCUGUGGAAGCAGUGGUUAAUGAACUUGAGACAGCUGGUGUACAAGUGGUCUAA